CCACAAAAAAGGACAAAAACAAGAAAAAAACAAGAAGUCCCAUUUCUCUUUGUUGUCUUAGGUUUUAACUUUCAUCAACCAAACGCAAUGGCGAACGCGGCGUCAGGGAUGGCGGUGGAGGACGAAUGUAAGCUGAAGUUUUUGGAGCUAAAAGCUAAGAGAAACUAUAGGUUCAUAAUAUUCAGGAUAGAUGGACAACAAGUGGUGGUGGAAAAGCUAGGAAGCCCCGAGGAGAACUACGACGAUUUCUCCAAUUCCCUACCGCCAAACGAAUGCCGCUACGCGGUUUACGACUUCGACUUCACCACUGCUGAGAAUUGCCAGAAGAGCAAGAUCUUCUUCAUAGCAUGGUCACCGGAUUCAUCGAGGGUGAGGAUGAAGAUGGUGUAUGCUAGUUCAAAGGACAGGUUCAAGAGAGAACUAGAUGGGAUUCAGGUGGAGUUGCAAGCCACUGACCCGAGCGAGAUGAGUCUUGACAUCAUCAAAAGUCGAGCUCUCUAGAUCGUUCUUAUAUAUAUAAAUCUUCAUGAUUUUCUAAUUAUAUAUCCAUAAUCAUCGCCGUUCAAACAAUUUCAUCAUGUUUAUGUAACUUCUUUCAAU